AGGUCUGAUCUGCGCCAAAAACAAACUAACCUACACCAUGAAGGAGGCCACGCAGAUUUCAGUGACUGGCCUGAGCUUUAAGUUCUGAAGGCUCUACCUCUUUGUCCAAUGCAAUGGACAAUACAUUGCGUGUUUGGGAUGUCCGACCAUUUGCCCCAAAAGAGAGAUGUGUGAAGAUAUUUCAAGGAAAUGUGCACAACUUUGAAAAGAAUCUUCUAAGAUGUUCUUGGUCACCUGAUGGAAGCAAAAUAGCAGCUGGCUCAGCGGACAGGUUUGUGUAUGUAUGGGACACCACCAGCAGGAGAAUCCUGUAUAAGCUACCUGGCCAUGCUGGCUCCAUCAAUGAAGUAGCUUUCCACCCAGAUGAACCCAUCAUUCUCUCGGCCUCCAGUGACAAGAGGCUGUACAUGGGGGAGAUUCAGUGAAGAUACGGAAUGGAGGACUCCAAGACUGCUUGACCUGGAGGCCUCAGACUGCAUAAUUGACUGCAUCAGAGGUGCCAGGCUGACCUCCCGUCAGAUGACUGCUGCUUGCAAGAAGCAGGAGGUGGUGGCCAUAUUCCAACAAUUACUUGUACCCCAUUCACCAGGAUGACUAAGACAAGCCCCAUGGCCUCACCUGCUAGAUUUCAGGACUGGUUUCUCCCUUUAAAAAAAAAAAAGGUUUUUUUCAGAGGGACAAAUGAAAUAUAAGUUUUUGCCUUGGUUUAAUUUUUUAUUUCGUUUUAUUUUUAAUCUGGUUAACUGGCUUGUAUUAUAUUUUCUUUCUAUGUUUCUCUGAGUCAUUUUGUAUUAAAAGCCAAAUAGAUGCCUUUUUACACAAGCCUUGUGAUCAGAUUUAUUGCUGUCUUCUCUUUCAGGAUUGAUUGCUGUAGAUCAGAGCAGAGCGUGAUGAGGCCAGGGAAUGCAAUCCAUUUAAACUCCAAGAGGCUGUGUGCUUGGGGGAGGGGGAUCCCUUUUUAGGUGUUUUUAGGUUUCCUCUCUCCCGUGAA